AGAAAACUUUCUCCCAUUUUUCCGAGUGCGUGUGUGAUUAUCGUCUGAUCGCCGUCUCUGCGCUGUAGUACAGUGAUUUACGUGAAAAUCGCAAAAGUAGAACAUCCAGUGAACAGUGGUGUGAUGUAAAUUAAUGUGUUAUUGGAUGUUUCCAAUUGAUUUUGCUCAAUUUUCACAAAGCUUUGCUAUAUCGCAACUGUUGUAGGCUAGCAGCAACGUGGCUUCGCAAUCGGUGAGACGUUUGCAAAAAGAGCUACUGCCUGGCCCGUGGGAAGGCCGUUUUCUUACUGCGGAUGGCACACAGUUGCCAAAUUAUGAUGGCUGAUGCGGCUUCAUCGUGUCGCAUCAUGUGCAUGGAAAUGGACGACUGGCUGUUGUUUCGGCGUAAUCUGCAAAAUAAUUAAAUAUUAGUCAUCGCGAAGAGUGAUUGCAGAAGUAAGAGUUCUUUUUUGCUGGUAGAAGAAUAACGGUUAAUUAGGUCACGACCGCUUUGAUUCUGGUUCAGAACUAUCUGGUGCGUGGUGUGAUUCAACAAAUUGCAAACGGUUUGAAAUUUGAGUUAUCUGUGGAGGUCAAUGAGUUAAAGUGAACUGUUUGACGAAAGCUGUGUCACUAUAGAAAUUUUCGCUAGUCGAGAGUAACAAUUGAUACGAUAAAAUAUUCAGCUAUAUCUUGACGAAGUAAGGUGCAUUGGCGAUAAUAUUUUGGAUAGUUGAACGUUAUGGAAAUUGCUGCCGGAAGCUCAUCGAGUGUCGUUCGAAAAGUGCAGUGUUGACGAGCGGCGAUUAAAUCAGUCGGUCAUCCAGUGGAACACGGCGCGUUAAAAUUCUGGACACAUAACUACCACACAAAGUGUGGUUAAGUAAUUGAAAAGGUGGCGUUAUUCGCUGUCAUCGAGAAGCGCUUCCGUGCGCGUCGCGUCAUUUGUCCGCCGGCAACGCUGCCAUGUUUGCCGCCGACACCGCCGUCCACGCCACCCUCGGAUGCCCCUGCGGACGACGGCUCGCUGGCAGAUGUCUGCAAUGAGUAUCCCACCGUAAUUAACCCCGUCAUCGCCACCACCGUCAGUACACGGUGGACCUACGCCGCAUUCCGUUACAAUCGACGAAAGCUACAGCGCAAAAUGUCUCCCCAGGCUAGCCCAAAAUCGAAAACGCACAAGGAGUUCGGCAUGACAGCCUCCAGCUCGCCGUCGACGUCCUCGUCGACCUUGUCCAUCUCGUCCAACGCGGGUCAGUCGGGCAGUGCCAGUGGUGGCGGUGCGGCGCGUUUUCCGCGCCGUCGCCGCCGAAGGAGACGGGCAGUACCGCAACAGCAAGCUAGUAAGGUCGAACACAAGCCGAACGAAGAUGAACAGGACGAUCGAAAGGAAAAGCAAGAGAAAGCGCAACAGAAACGGCAGGACUCCUCUUCGUCCUCCGAGGAUUCCGACUACGAUGUAGAUGAGACUGACCGACUGUCCGCCGGGGCUAUCAAUGGACGCACCCAUGACGACGCGAUGGAAGAUGGACCGAUAUCCAUGCCAUGGUUCGGUAUGGAUAUCGGCGGCACCCUGACGAAGCUGGUUUACUUUGAGCCAAAAGACAUCACCCCGGGCGAGCUGGACCAGGAAGCCAAAGUGUUGCGCAACAUUCGACGGUAUCUGACGAAACAUUCGGCCUACGGUGAAACCGGCCACCGGGACACGCAUCUGCAGAUGGAUGACGUGGAAAUACGGGGUCGGCGUGGAUCGUUGCAUUUUAUCCGAUUCCCGACCGCCGAAAUGGAUGCAUUCUUGGCACUGGCCAAACGGAAAGGUAUGGCCCAACUGGUGACGACGGUUUGUGCCACCGGAGGUGGUGCGUUCAAGUUCGAGGAUAACUUCAAACGUGAGGUUAACAUGAAGUUGGCUAAAUUCGACGAACUUGAUGCCCUCAUUAAAGGGAUCCUGUUCGCUGAGAUGCAUAACCCGUGCGAGUGUUACUAUUGGGCAAAUGCUAGUGAUAUUAGUAUAAGUUCAAAGAAAAAGUUUGAUUUUAGUCAACCCUAUCCGUUCAUUCUGGUGAACGUCGGCUCGGGCGUUUCGGUGCUAGCGGUACGAGGGCCGGACAACUAUAAGCGCAUUUCCGGCACCAGUUUAGGUGGAGGAACAUUCCUGGGCCUAUGUUGCUUACUGACUGGGUGCAAUACAUUCGAGGAGGCUAUUCAGCUUGCUACCAAAGGAGACCACACACGAGUCGAUAAGUUGGUCAAGGAUAUCUACGGGGGUGACUACGAGCGUUUCGGGCUCCCCGGGGAUCUGGUGGCUUCCAGUUUUGGCCAAAUGAAUCUUGCCGAACGGAGGGCAAGCGUUUCAGGGGAGGAUCUGGCUAAUGCUACACUCGUAACCAUUACCAACAAUAUUGGUUCGAUUGCACGGAUGUGUGCUAGCAACGAGAAGAUCGAUCGGGUGGUAUUCGUCGGCAACUUCCUGCGCGUCAACCCGAUCUCGAUGAAACUGCUCGCGUACGCGAUGGACUACUGGUCCAAGGGUACACUGAAGGCUUUGUUCCUCGAGCACGAGGGCUAUUUCGGUGCUAUCGGUUGUCUGUUGCAGUUCAACGGUGAACUGAGCUCGCACGUCAACAACGAGAGCGAACUGCUGGCUUAGAUAGUAGAACAUGAUGAAACAUUACAUCGAUUUAGAUAGUUAGGGGUAAGUUGCACCAACUACUUUUCCGCGAUAAAUAUUUCACUCUUCUGGCACAGAGCGCGCGCCGCAAUACAAAUCAAUGCUGAAUCAAGCAAACAAACGGCAGCGCAAACGCAACAGCAAACGGCAGCAGCAACCGACAAUUAUAAAAAUUUAUACAAUAGCAACAUAUUAGGGGUUCUAGGAUGUAAGGUUUUUUUAGGCGAUGAGAAGACAUUGAAAGGAUGGGAGAUUGUUACUGUUUUGUUGGCGUACGAGGAAAAAUUACUUCUGACGGAGAUGUUCUAAAAUGUCUAACAUAUUUUUGUCAGGUUAUGCCGUGAUUCUAUUUGUUCAUGCUUAGUUCCGCAAAUGUAAUAAUUUUUUUAAAAUGAUGUUAGUUAAUAUGGACGGCAGAGUUCGAGGGAAACUUUAGUAUGUUUUAACAAAGCUCAAACAAUCAGUUUUAGAGUAUAAUUUGCGAGAACAUUAAGAAAUCUACGAAGCGGUUCGAAUAGACAGGUUAUAUUCCUUCUAGUGUUAAAUGCAGUAUGCUAAGGUUAGAAAAUAAACAUAUAAGAGGUGGAAAGUCGUAAUAUUUUGUUUAGUACGUAUUGAUUCCCUUUUACUAGAAAAUUAAGAAGUAAUCGUUAUUUAUUGCACAAUAUAGGUUGUCUGUAUGAAACAUGGAAAACAAUGUUGUUUUUAGGUGCAGGAAUCGAAAUGUUAUGUGUAAGGUCUAGGUUGUUAUACUACAAUCAUUGAUUGGGAACAAUUAAUUCCAAAGUAGUUUGAAUUGUACACUAGGCGAUUGAGAAAAGAAAGGAGCUUUAUCAAAUAUAUCAUCUUAAUUAUACACUGUGCCGGGCGAGCUAAUGAGUAUGUCGAACACUUUUUAGAGCGUGCUGUAAACGCUUGCUCCAAUUUAACCCAAAUCACGUUCAUUUAUUUUUUCGUUUCGAUUUUUUCACCGUACUUUUGUCUACCUGAAUUCUAUGAAGGGUUUGAUAAGUUUAACCUUCAGGUUCAUAAAAAAGAUAUAUAAGUACAAACCUGUUUCACAUAUUUUUUUAAUAAGAGUCCUCCAAAAGAUAUUAAGUAAGCAUCGCUAAUUCAAUUCUUUUGCAUU